UUCCGGGUUGUGGGAUGUACGUAGGUGAAACUAUUUGUUUACCGUCGUGUUUGACCGCCUUUGCCAAAUAAUGAAAUAUUCCAGAGUAGUUUAAGCGUUCUGUUACAAUAAUUCAAUAUGAUGUCAGAUGGGUUAGGGCAACGAAACGAUAUACUGUGGUUUCACGGCAGACUUACUCGGGAUCAAGCACGCCGAUCAUUGAUCGAAUCUGGUCAACAAGAUGGUUUAUUUCUGGUUCGUGAAAGUACUAAUGCUCCAGGAAGUUUUGUAUUGUCAUUGUGGAGUGAGCAUACGGCAUUUCACUAUCAAAUAAUUUACCAUGGGCAUUGUCAUUUUAGUAUAGAUGAUGGACCUAUAUUUUCAGGAUUAGAUACACUUGUGAAUUAUUAUAGAGACCAGGCUGGUGGACUUGCAACUAAGUUAGUUCGGUGUUGUGUUGGUGGUCGACCUCCUCCACCAUCGAUUUGUCAGCUUCAUAUUGCCUCAGAAUUUCAACGAAGUUCACUUCACCGUGCCUGUGAAUCAGGCGACAAAACCGAAGUUCAUAGAAUACUUCAAGAUCCCAAUAUAAAUAUUGAGUUAGUAAAUGAAGAUGGGGCUACAGCAUUACAUAUUGCAUGUGACAAAGGCCAUUCAGAGAUUGUAUGGAAACUGCUAGAGUAUAAUGCGAAUGUAAACAGUCGUGACAAAGAAGGAAGAACACCACUCAUGUAUGCCUGUCAUGGUGGAUAUGUCAAUGUAUGUGAAAUGCUUGUGUAUCGCCGAGCUGCAGCAAUACAAGAACGUUCAUUUGGUGAUGGUUAUGUAGCUUUACAUAUAGCAGCAAUGCGUGGACAUAAAGAUUGUGUUGAACUUUUAUUAAAAGCAGGGGCACCUGUACACCCAAGAGCACAAGAUGGAAAUACACCCAAAGAUCUUGCUAAAGAAAAUGGACAUUAUGACUUGGCAGUUUUUUUAGAACAUUUUCCUGUUUCUUCACCAAAAACCGAACCAAAACACUGGCUUCACCAAAACGUCGAUAGAGAGGCAGCAGUAACGCUUUUGUAUAAAUGGCAAUGUACAGAUGGAUUAUUUCUAAUACGAACCAGUACUAGAGCAUGGGGCGUUCACGUUCUCACAAUGGCCGUGCGGAAAACACCUUAUCAUUAUCAGAUAAAGAGCAUGGGCGAUCGCUGGUUUUACAUUGACGAUGGUCCAUUAUUUGAAACUUUACCCCACUUGGUGGAUUAUUAUGGUGCACUAGCUGAUGGUUUACCGCACCAGUUAACACGAGCUAUUCAACCAAAUGGAGAUACUCCAUUACCACUAAAAUCCAUCCCAAUACCUCUGCCAUCCCCAUCAAUGCCGAAUUUCAACAUUAACAUUAACACUCAAAUGUACCCACCCCCGCCUCCUAAAACGAAGCCUCCUGUUUUACGUCCUGGGAGAAGCUUCGAUAGUCCAGAUGAUGAUCGUGAUGACUACCUGAAGUUAGAAGAAAAACCAAAACAACCUACUCGACGCCAGCCUCCUCCUACCCCACCUGGACCGUCUCCUUUUAGAUCCUCGAUUUCUAAUAGACCACCACCCCCUCUACCUGUAGACCAGCAGCAGGAAAACGAAGGCAAACCACAAACAAUUAUAAACUUAACUGAACUUAAGACAAAUGCUGAGUUAGGACAAGGGGAGUUUGGAUCUGUUUUACGAGGAGUUUGGAAGAAUCCUAAUGGUGCUGAAAUGGACGUGGCGAUGAAAACACUUCAUCCUGAUAAAAUCACCCAAGGCGAACAGGAAUUUUUGCGUGAGGCUCGAGUUAUGUCGGGUCUGAACCAUCCUUGUAUUGUCAAACUCCUUGGUGUCUGUCUGGGACCACCUCUUGUACUUGUGCAAGAAUUAGUGAAUAUGGGUGCGUUGUUAGAUUAUCUUUUUACAUUCGCCCAAGAAAUAUCUCUGGGUGAUUUAAAGUUAUGGGCAGCUCAGAUUGCGUGGGGAAUGAUGUACCUUGAGGAAAAACGUUUUGUGCAUCGUGAUCUUGCAACGAGGAAUAUUCUCUUACAGUCUAAGGAUCAGAUAAAAAUAAGUGAUUUUGGCCUGUCACGUGCAAUUGGUUCUGGAAGUAAUUAUUAUGUAGCAUCAAAAGGUGGUCGUUGGCCUGUCAAAUGGUACGCUCCCGAAUCAAUAAACUAUGGUAGAUUCUCUCAUGAAAGUGAUGUAUGGAGUUAUGGUGUCACACUUUGGGAAAUGUUUUCAUUUGGACAACAACCUUACGGGGAAAUGUCUGGCGCGCAGGUAAUGGAAAUGGUUGAAAGCCAAGGAAAGAGAUUGGAAAGACCAGAUAAAUGUCCAGAACAUACUUAUCAACUAAUGUUAAGAUGUUGGGAUUUGCAACCUGAGAAGCGUCCUACAUUUGCAGAAUUGCAUCAAAUCUUUAAAACAAAUCCACUCUAUUCUGAUGUGGAAAUAAAUGCAGGUUAAUAUUAUGUUAGAGUAACUUGCAUUUAAAUGUCGUGUAUGUAUUCAUGUAUGUAUUGAUAAUUAGCGGGAAUCAUGGAAAUCAAAUUUCAGCAGCAAACCAUAUUUCAUUCAACCAGAAUCCUACUGUAAGACUGGUUUUACAAAACCGUAGAAUACAUGAAAUGUGGUAAAGCAAGAUGGUCAUGCAGAAAGACGAAACUCGGCAGGAUUCUUCAUAAAAUCGCAAUCAGUUAUUCUAAAUUAUCCGGAAGACCUGUCGUUUUACACCAGGAAUAAUCAAAAACAAACAACGUUCUAGUCUAUAUUUGUAUUGAAUCUACAUUUGUUAUCAGCAAGGCAACUUCUGGGAAGUAAUAUAUGCAGUCGAUAGCUACUAAUAAAUGCCUUCAAAAGGCUUUAUCGCACAAAAGAAAUGCAAUCAUUUCAAUGAUUAUUAAUAAAAAAUCUUAUG